CGGCUGGGCUGGGGCCGCGCCCCGAGGCGCCCGCCGUCGGCCGGGAAAGGGUCUCCUGGCUGCCGCUCCGCACCCGGGGCGACAAGUGCUGGCCCAGCGCUAUCAGUAGGGAGCCACGCCAAGUCUGAGGGCCCAUCUAAAUUCGGCUCCCUUACCCCUCCCCCACCCCCUAGCUGGCGCGAGCCGGGGUGGGGCCCAGAGAAGCCGCCAUGAGAACCCUGAGAGCCAUGGCCAUGCAGAAGAUCUUUGCCCGGGAAAUCCUGGACUCCAGGGGCAACCCCACAGUAGAAGUGGACCUGCACACGGCCAAGGGCCGAUUCCGAGCAGCUGUGCCCAGCGGAGCUUCCACGGGCAUCUAUGAGGCCCUAGAACUGAGAGAUGGAGACAAAUCCCGCUACCUGGGGAAAGGGGUCCUGAAGGCCGUGGAACACAUCAACAAGACCCUAGGUCCCGCUCUGCUGGAAAAGAAACUAAGCGUCGUGGAUCAAGAAAAAGUUGACAAGUUUAUGAUCGAGUUGGAUGGGACGGAGAAUAAGUCCAAGUUUGGGGCCAAUGCCAUCCUGGGCGUCUCCCUGGCCGUGUGCAAGGCUGGUGCGGCGGAGAAGGGGGUCCCUCUCUACCGGCACAUCGCAGACCUGGCCGGGAACCCAGACUUGGUCCUCCCGGUCCCUGCCUUCAAUGUCAUCAAUGGGGGCUCGCAUGCCGGCAACAAGCUGGCCAUGCAGGAGUUCAUGAUCCUGCCCGUGGGGGCCAGCUCCUUCAAGGAAGCCAUGCGCAUUGGCGCUGAGGUGUACCACCACCUCAAGGGGGUCAUCAAGGCCAAGUACGGGAAGGAUGCCACCAACGUGGGUGACGAGGGCGGCUUUGCACCCAACAUCCUGGAGAACAAUGAGGCCCUGGAGUUGCUGAAGACGGCCAUCCAGGCAGCCGGCUACCCAGACAAGGUGGUCAUCGGCAUGGACGUGGCGGCAUCCGAGUUCUAUCGCAACGGGAAGUAUGACCUCGACUUCAAGUCCCCCGACGACCCCGCACGGCACAUUACUGGGGAGAAGCUGGGGGAGCUGUACAAGAACUUCAUUAAGAACUAUCCUGUGGUCUCCAUUGAGGACCCCUUUGACCAGGAUGACUGGGCCACCUGGACCUCAUUCCUCUCGGGGGUUAACAUCCAGAUCGUGGGGGACGACCUCACAGUCACCAACCCUAAGAGGAUCGCCCAGGCCGUCGAGAAGAAGGCCUGCAACUGCCUGCUGCUGAAGGUCAACCAGAUCGGCUCCGUGACCGAGUCCAUCCAGGCCUGCAAGCUGGCUCAGUCUAACGGCUGGGGGGUGAUGGUGAGCCACCGCUCCGGGGAGACCGAGGACACGUUCAUCGCCGACCUCGUCGUGGGGCUCUGCACGGGGCAGAUCAAGACGGGUGCCCCCUGCCGCUCAGAGCGCCUGGCCAAGUACAACCAGCUCAUGAGGAUUGAGGAGGCUCUUGGGGACAAGGCUGUCUUUGCCGGACGCAAAUUCCGCAACCCGAAGGCCAAGUGAGAAGCUGCAGGCUCCGAGCCCCACCCCCGGGACCCAUCCAGGCCUUCAAGCCUUUCCCCGUGGAAAUAAAUGCUGGUGGCAAACAA